GUCACAGACUCCAAUCAUCAAGCAGUGAGAGCAACGCAUUAAUCUAUAUAAGUAGUCAUCAGUUUGCCCCUACCAAAUCCUGCAAUUCUCCACCCUGAAGUUAACCAUGCAUACAGCUUUCCUUCUCUUUAUCUUAACAAUAGGGACCUGUUCCUUUCAGUCUCUCGCUCAAAAAUGUCCUCUUCCUCCAAGGUGCCCUCCAAUUUCACCACCACCUCGUCCUCGUCCUUUCCCCCGCGUCCGCCCCAGGCCACCACUCUACCCUCCUUCACUCAAUCUCUUGCCACGCCAGCCAAACAACAAUCCAGGACCCCUCGCUAAUAGGGCUAGAAUUUUAUUCAUCACCCAGGAACUUAAAAGAAACAUUACAUUUGACCCUAGAAACUACACUGGCACCUGGGUUGGCAACAAUUACUGCCUUUUCAGAGGCUACUUCUGUGACACUGUCCCUGAUAGAAACAUUACUGGACUAGCCGCUAUUGAUUUCAAUGGUGCUAGAUUUCGCGGUAACUUGAACUUCUAUCGCUUUAUCAUGAAUUUGCCUGAUAUAGCCAUUUUCCAUGCAAAUUCUAACAACUUUAGCGGCCCCAUAAAUUCAAACCUCAACCAAUUGCGAUAUUUCUAUGAGCUUGAUUUGAGUAACAACAAGUUCUUGGGAGGAUUCCCCAGCAACGUUCUCAGAGCCCAGAAAUUAACCUUUGUGGACAUUCGGUUCAACGGCUAUCUCGGCCCUGUCCCGGGUCAGGCAUUCAACAUUGACACUGACGUUCUUUUCAUUAACAAUAAUCAGUUCAGUCGAACAAUCCCUACCAACUUCGGCAACACUCCUGCACUCUAUCUCACCUUAGCCAACAACAAGCUCACAGGUCCAAUCCCAAGAAGUAUCGGCCGAGCCUGGAAUACACUAACCGAGGCCCUCUUUUUAGGCAACAGGCUCACAGGUUGCCUGCCUUUCGAAAUCGGAUACUUGCAGAAGGCCACAGUGUUAGACUUCGGAACGAAUUUGCUAACAGGUCCGAUCCCACAAUCUUUUGGGUGCUUGGUGAAACUGCAGUAUCUGAACUUGGCUCAUAACAUGUUUUAUGGGCCAGUACCGGAGGUUUUGUGCAGGCUACCGAAUGCUUUCAAUUUUACGCUUACUUACAAUUAUUUCACCCAAGUUGGGCCCCAAUGCAGGAGGUUGAUAAGGGCAAGGAGGCUUAAUGUGAACAGUAACUGCAUUUUUGGGCUUCCUAAUCAAAGACCUGCGGCUGAGUGUGCCCGCUUUUUUGCAAGGCCUAGGAGCUGUGCUCGUGAGAGUAGUUUUUCUUUUAUUCCUUGUACUCUUCCCGCAUCUUCUAUGAAGAUUGCUUCUCCUCCAACACAGGACGAAGCUCCUGCUCCGCAGUCCUAUAAAGCCCUGCAAAUGCCUCCCCAUUAAUCAAUAGUCGGUACAGAAUGGACUCCAUUGAUGUACUCAUCGUGUCUUCAAAUAAGAAAAUGUGUCGUGGUGUAGGCACGUACAGUACUGUGUUUUCCGCAUUUCUAUGGUGUUUUCCCUACUGUAUAGCAAGUGUGAGGGAGCUUUCAUUUUCUGUUCAUUUUUUUUUUCCUUUUUGUGUUUUCUUUCUCAUUUGUAUUACGGUGAUCACUCUUAGGAGCAGGAAAUUGGUGGGAUUGUUGAGUUGGAAAUAAAAAAUAAUUUUGAACAAA